GAGGAAGGUAAAGAUGCUGAGACUGUAUCUAUCUUGCAAGAGGAUAGACAUAACUCCAAGUACAAGCAUUAACACAGUAGAUGAAUUUGCAGUUGAACAAGGUCCUUCUACCUCUGCUGAGGCAUGUGAAUGUGAGGAAGAACUUGUUGUCAUAACUGAGGACAACAGUUCCAUUGCUGAUUCACCUUUUUUGUCAGACAACAGUGUAGUGUUGAUAGAACCAGGCACUAUGAAUGUAAUACAUAGCUCAAUUUCAGUUGAUGAAGAAAUUCAGUUUGGAUAUGCAAUUUUAGAAGACGGUAUGCUUGAUGACACUCUACUAAUGGAACCCACUGAAAUAGUGCAAGACCAGUUACAAAAUACAAAGUUAAGACUUCGCAGGGGAAACAUUUUCCAAGAUCUUAAUGCAGCUUUUACAGAUGGCUUAGUAUCUGUCAAUGAUUGUCUUAUAGAAAUUGAGAUGGUCCUACCUAAUGGUAGCACAGAGAAAGGAGAAGACAAUGGUGGAAUUUUUAGAGAUGCAUUGAGUGAGUAUUGGGGUACAUUUAUCAUGAAAUGUACAUCAGGAAACACACUAAAAGUACCCAUGACAAGGCAUGAUAUGAAAGAUGAAUGGGAAAAUGUAGCUAAAGUGAUGGUUCUUGGUUAUAACACUGUUCAAUACUUUCCCAUUGUGCUGGCCAAGCCUUUUCUGUGUUAUUGUCUUAGACUUAACAUUGAUGAGGAUGAGCUCUUAACAGCAUUUCUGGAGAUAGUUUCUCAAGAGGAAAAGCAGCUUGUUGAAGAAGCAAUAAGAGACUUUACAUCUGUCUCUGAACGAGAAGAAUGGGUUGAAUUCUUGGAAGCUCAUGAUGUGAAACUUCUUAUCACUGAGAAAAAUGCCAAGCAGAUCUUACUUGAUGUGGCACACAAAGAAAUUGUGCAAGAUCCAGCUUACAUAGCAGAAUGUUGGAGUCCGGUGUUGAAAAAACUGAAACUACCUCCAGGGGGACUAAAUGAAUUGAUGAUGAGCCUUACUCCAACAGCAAGAAAAGUUAUAGCCAUAUUACAACAUGAAACACUUAAUAACAGAGAAUGCCAGGUCAUGGAUUAUCUUAAGAGGUUCAUCAAGAACUGUAGUGAUGUUCGGCUCAGGAAAUUUCUGCGUUUCUGCACAGGAGCUGACCUCCUUGUUGCAAGGUUUAUUCAUGUCCGAUUUGUGCAGCCACAAACGUCCUUCACAAGAUCUCCCCAGUCCCACACCUGUGGAUGUGUGUUAGAAGUUCCAAACAAUUAUACUUCAUACCCUGAGCUUGCAGAGGAGUUCAUAAACAUCCUUGAUGCAAACAUAUGGGUGAUGGAUAUUGUGUAAAGGUAAGGAUGCCAAUAAUAUCAAAGAAUAGGUCUGUUAUAUUCCUUAAUUAGACAUACAUUUAUCUAU